UUCAACAUGUUCAGCAGUUGGCGAAAGAAAAGAGAAUGGCGCCCAUCAUUUUAUUGGCAUUUGUUAGGUGUUUCAUGAGCAGUACAUUAUGUGCUCUGUAAAUGAAGUCGAUUUUGAUGACGAUGAGCAAUGCAUGGAAAAGAAAUCCGUCGUAUUAACUGCAGACACGUGUAAAAAAUGCAACGAAAGAAAAGCUGAGGUUCUCCGGUUUCUGGACGCAUAUUGCAGGGAAUGUUUCUUAGCAGCAGCAACUCACAAAUUCAGAGCUUGUCUUGGUAAAUCAAAGGUAGUCAGACCAAAAGAUCAUGUUCUUAUUGCAUUCUCUGGUAGCCAGUCUUCAGUUGCUUUGCUUCACUUAGUAAAUGCAGGACUGAAGGAAUGUAGCCACAAACGACUGCUGUUUACCUGCUCUGUUGUUUAUAUUGAUGAAGGAGCUGUACUUGAAUUAUCUCCAGAUGACCGUAAUGAAAUAUGCACCUCUAUUGUCCAACAAGUUAAGAAAUUUAAUCUCCCACUUUGCAUUACUACCCUAGAGAGAAGUUUAGGAGAUUUAGACAUAAGCUACUACAGUGAUGGUGGCAACACAAGUAAUACUGAUGACCAGAAAGAAGAGCAGUUGAAGAAACUUAUCAGUUCCAUUCACAGUUUGACAGGAAAAAAGGAUUUUCUUCAUAAAUUGCGGAAUCAACUUCUUCUGAAAACAGCCAAAAAACUGAAGUGCACAAAAAUCUUCUCAGCAGAUACUGCAAGUCACUUGGCUGUCAAGUUACUAAGCAAUGUAGCUCUUGGACGAGGAGCACAACUUCCAUUGGAUAUUGGGUUUUGUGACACACGUGACACAGAUGUUAUGUUACUUCGGCCAAUGAGAGACUUCACGAAGAAAGAAAUUGUGUUUUAUAACAUUUUCAACAAACUGGAAUCUGUUGUUAUUCCUUCACUUGGAACAAAGUCUGAUCCACAUGCAAGCAUUCAAAAACUGACUGAGAAGUUUGUCAUAGAUCUUCAGGAAGAUUUCCCAGCAACUGUGUCCACAAUAUUCAGGACAGGAGACAAACUAAGCUUAGGGAAUAACACAACUGAAGGUGAUAACUUCUGUACUCUCUGCCAGGCUCCUUUGGAUACAACAUUCACAGCAUCAUCAGCUCUUCAGGCGACAGAGUUUUCGCGUACGGUAUCAAAUCUUGGGCCGUGCGGCUUUGAUAUCAGAUCAAUUUGCACUCUGAAUAAUGGCAUAUCUGACUCUAGUAAUGAACAUAAAGAUAAGUCAGGCAGUGCUUUAAGGUAUUGUAAUACCUCGGCAGUGACACCUACAAGCAAGAAGAAAAAUACAUGUGGAGAAGAUGGAGAAGACUGCCAUUGUCACAAAAACACCGCCAAUAUAACAUUAUUGGAAGUAGAAGCCUGCUUCUGUUACAGCUGUAGACUUAUUGCAAGGGAAAUGGAGUCAUUAGAAAUGCUACCUGUAGAUGUCAUAUUUAACAUCAAACAACGUCUGAGGUACAAAGAAAUGAGAGAAGAAAUUGAAGAUUUUCUGUUAUGUUGAUUAAAUGCACACCUUAAUCAAACAGAAUUGCUAAUUAUAUUCAAUGUCUGUCUUAUUAGAUUGAAAAAUGAACCUGAACCAUGCACGUAGUCAUUUCAAUCAGUUCAGUGUUUAAAUAAAUCUGAAUGCUGAAAGACAGAAUGAACUUCCUUUUUUAUCAGAUCUGAACACACUCCAUGUUCUUGCUCUUAAGGUGAACUACUAUCAAAGAAACAGGUCUGAAUUAUGAUUUUAAUAAGAUAUUUCAUAAUACAAAACUUAUUCUUCCUAAUAAUGAUGCUUUAAGGUGAAGUGACUGAACAUAGUUUAAUAGAAGAUAGAUAUAAAUGUAUUAGUAAUUCACAGAAAAACAAUUAUAUUUUAACUUUAUGUAAUAUAUGUGCAUUUUAUAUAAUUGUUCUUGUUAGCUUUGUAAAUUACACUACCGCUUACAAACAUUCUUCUUACAUGGGGAAACAACUGUAGUUGUACUAUGUGAAUUGUGUUAAUAAAAUUUGGAUUCCUAUUU